UGUUGCGUCACUAGCAUGCGCCGCGCGCGCAGAGUCACGAGAGAGGAGAUUUGGGGAGAUUUACCUGGAGAGAGGAAGUGAUCAUCAAACCAGGCGCUGGCUUUAUUGUGUGUGAGCAUCUCGAGUAAGAUGGACACGCGUGGCCUGACUACAGUGUAGCUGCUGCGCGUAUUUAUACACAUUCACUGCGCGCGGUGUAACGUUACCGUGCACCGUCAGACUCACGUUACAGCCUCCACAGACACGCGCUGGUGAGCGGUGCUUAACGUUAAAGAGGAGGAGGGGGGCUAACGUAAGCUAACGUUAGCUGGAGACAAAUGAAUCCGGUCCAAGCUGCUCCAGGACCCGGGUCGACCACAACACAGCGACCCUGAAGUUAGCAGAAACAAUGCGCUGAGAGGAGGAGGUCGAGAAACCAGCUGUUUAGUUGGCCCUGUAUCAGAUGGAGAACAAAUGUGCUGUGAUCUCAUCCGCUGAUUUAGAAAGUUCAGCUACUAUGUCUUCUGCUGGCCUGCUUCUGUAAAAGCCGUAGCCAUGGCUUCUCGCAAGGUAGAUAAGCUACCAAGUGACAGCAGGGAUUUAGCUUCGGUGUCCGAACACCUAUCCCGAAGCAGCCCCGAUGACAUCACAGAAGAGCUUCAACCGGAUACGAUGAACGCUGCAGUGAAAUCCCAGAAAUCCGGACGAUUCAGGAGGACCGCCCUGACAUUUUUUGGAGUCCGUAAAAGUAUCUGUAUCUUGCCGAGUUUCUUUGGAGGGAGGAGUAAAAAUCCCAACAAGUGGUCUAAGAAAGGGAUCACCAAAAGCAGAACGCAUGACGGGCUAAGUAAGGUCAGUCAUGACGACAAUCUGAGAAGUGGGUACAUGUCAGCUGCAGAUUUUGAGUACCACAGCCAGAGGGACUCUGCUGGAGAGCUCCAUAGUAGCUGCCACAAUGAAUGUAGUCACCCUGCUGCUGCUGACCAGAAAUCACUGACUCUCACCCGGCAGAAAAAGGGUUUGAGGGGUCUUUUUCACAGUUUUAAGUAUCACAGAAACCAUAGAAAUGCUGGAUUGGAUAAAACAGAAAUGAUUGCAAUGACCUCUCCUCAUUGCAAGAAAGAGGAUCCUGUUGUCCAGGACAACGCCAGCGAGUACGUCACAGAGUGCCUGGGAUCUGAGCCUGAUGUGCCUGAUUUUGCAGAUGUUAUAUGUGAUAUUUCCAUUGGUCCUGAAUGUAUUGACGCUGAUGUGAUUGCAUUAGAGAAGAGCAUUGAGCAAGAAAGCCCAAAGUCUGAGCUCAGUGAUCAAAUGUGUGACGAUCAAAUGGAGGAGAUGAAUUUGGUGUCCGUCGUUUCCAGUGACCUCGAGGAGAGCCGUAGAGGACACAGCGAGCCUUGUCUGAAGCUUCAGACCAUGUCCGAGCCUAUAUUGAAGUCAGAAACACCUGCUGGCUCAUCGGAUCAGCUGAACCUGAUUUUUGGAGACGUUGCAUCAUUAAAGAGCUUUGAUUCACUUACUGGCUGUGGGGACAUCAUCGCAGAUCAAGAGGAUGACAGCAUCACAGAGAGCACAGUUUCUGGAGAAAGGAGCCGUAACGGGGGAAAGAGGGCUUCUUGUUAUCUGACCUAUCAGGGCGGCGGUGAAGAAAUGGCCUCGCCAGAAGAUUUGGAUGAGGAGGAGUGUCUUCAUGACAUGUGGAGAAAUAAUGCGUCAGAGGAAAUUUGCUAUUCUUGCAACCAAGAACACACUGAUUUAACUGCUGACCUGACAAGUUCUCACAACAUGGACUUAGUGAACAGUAACAGUGCACAGCAAGCUAGUGGCAUGGACACUUCUUCAAUUGCUGAUGUGUUAACUCCUCAAAGUGAGCAUCAGGAGUCAGUUCCAAAUAGUGACGAGGGCUACUAUGAUUCAACUACCCCGGGGCCAGAAGAAGGACAAGAAAAAGCUGAUAGACUGACGACAGAUAGAUUGCCUCGGGACAGUUACAGCGGCGAUGCCCUCUAUGAGCUUUUUGCACCUGACGAGAGCCUCAUCAGUCCACAUUAUGAAAACAAAUCAAAGCUGCCCAGUUCAAAUCAGUGCGAGUAUUUAAGUGAGCCAGUCAGCGUGGUAGAUUCCAGCUUUGUUCCGGGAAUGAAUCGAUUACAAAUACGCGCUGAACUGUACGAAGAUUUUCUAGAGAGGCCGAGCGUGUGCAGUAAAUCCUCUGAGUCAGCACAAAAUGUGGCUGGUCGGCAGGAAAUCAGCCCAAAUAAAAACUGUAACUUGAAUUCAAAACCACAAGCGUCAGUCAACAAGAACAAUACAGAACCGGACAUAUUUGAUGAAAAGGAAAGAAUGCUGGCUUCCCCUGAACAGAGAACAAAAUCCAUAAAUUCUGAUUUGGAGAAAAGGCACAGCAGCAUAUCAUUCGGCAGCACGUCCGACCCAGAUUUUGAAACAUUUUGUGAACCCAAAGAGCAACAUCUUGAGGAGAACAAACCGGUGGCUUUACCGUACAGAAAUAUCAACUCUCAGUCUCCAGAUUGUAGCCACGAUCUGGACGACGGACAAACUGUGAGUUUCUCUCAAGCACUUGUGGACUACACAAAACACUCUCAGAUGCUGAGUAACUUGCAAAACAAUGCAGUUGACUUGGAGUCAAACUCUGCCUUCACUCCAAACAUGCAGGCCUUACCUACCAUAGUGACAUUCGAUGUCGUGGACAUGCAUAACGAGGGCGAAUAUGACGAGCAGAUCCACAUGGAACUGGAGGAGGACAUUACAUCACCCUAUCAGGAAUUUGAAGAAAGCUACUUACAAAAGGACGCAUUCGCUGAGUGUGACUAUCAAAUGUUAGACCUGUAUGAACAGAACCUGAUCAGUAAUACAUGGGCAAUUGCCAGUCUCCCACGGCACCUAGGCCUUACAAGAGUGAGUCAGUCCAUGCCUAAUCCAUUGUCUCUAGACAGGAGAAGUAGAUCUCUAGACAGAGAAAGCCUUGAGUUGAAGAUGCCUGACACAUAUAGAGAGAACAGAGCUGCUAUCGUUUCGUGUCCUCAGUCUGAAAAGGACCCUGAAAGAGAUUCCUCACCAUAUUACAAAAAGAAUGUACUUGUGUCUGCGUCAGAGGUUCGAGACAGUAGCAGCAUUAUGGCCUUAUCCUGGCAAACAAGGUCAGAACUGGCUUUAAGCCUUCCUUUGGUAGACGGGGAAAUUAAUGAUAAACUACAGGGGCUCAGUCAAACCCAAGUAAAACACAAAGUAUUUUCUAGUUCAUCUAGUAGUGAUAUUUCAGGGGAUGGGAAGCAUCUUUGCUCUAACGUGUCAGACAGAGUGUCCUGUGAUACAAGUCCACAGAAUACAGAGCUUUACAACAGGCAGUGUCACCUUCCUCUGCAAUCAGAUUCCUGUUCGCCUCAUGGCACCUUUUAUUCUGGAAUGAUGGAGCAGGUAUCGGAUGAUGUCGACGAGGAUAUUUUUUGUAAAGCUGCCACUAAUUUGCAAUCCUACAAUCAGUGUGGUAAAAGCAGACCGGUGGCUAGUGGAAGGGAAGGGUUAUCUCACUCUGGGAGUCCUGUGAAAGCAGGGAUGUCUAAAGAACAAAUGGCCGUCCUCAAUGAAACAAGAACAGCCAGGGAAGUGGCGGCCUGCAACAAACUGCCCGAUGCGACCUUUAAUUGAAAAGCUCUCAGUCAUAGUUAGAAGUAAGAGUGAUUUAAAAAGUUGAGUAGUGAAAAUGAAGUUGUUUUUUUAAUGCUUUCAUUUUCACUAUAAAGUUUUGAGAACCACUGCAUUAAGAUCACAUGUGUAUGUGCCAAUUAGUGCUGUAAUGUUACACCUAAAGGAGUAAUUGUUGCGUAUCUUUUUUUACUUGCACAACCGAUUCCUUAGAAAUGUUGUUGUACACUGUGAGAAACAGGACAAAGAAUACAAAAAAUGUUUCCAGCUAAAAAUGAAAUACUGUCAUAUCAUGCUGAGUCAUGUACAACGCUGUCUUAACUGAGAAGUCAAAAGGGAUUUUCUUCAUUUGCACAGUAAUGGUCUUCACACACACAUCAGUCCAUUGAAAGUAUUUAAUCAUUUGCAUUAAAGAUGCUCACAGAUUCAUCUCAUUAAGCUAUUGAGUUUUACUAGAAUGUUUUAGACCCAUGCUGAGGCCUCAGUAUCCAGGUCUCAAUAGUAAUGCCAUAUUUUGUUUAUUAGGGAUUCAUUAGUCUGGUUUCCAUAGUGCAGCUAAACAGGGCUAGCCCAGUCUUGCUUACUUUGCCUGUAAACACGUUGUAUGCUUUUAAGUGCUCGCUUAUGUUUGUGUUAACUGCUUUUUCACAGCCUCUCUUUGCUCCAGUAAGGUUUACGUUGGUCUGUCAUGGUGCUCAAAUUUAGUGUUUCUGGCCGUUUACUUGGUUUACAUGAUUUCCAGUAGUGUUUCAGAGUGGAAUAUCUAAGUUCACAGAGAGGAUAAAGGCUAAAUUCAUGACAUAAAACAAGUCUUUUGAUACCUUAUGAUGUAUAUUUGAAGUUAUUUAAGCUGUUUUUCCCUUCAAUGCAGAUACACAGGUAUAGGUAAUGUACAGACAGUCUGAUAGUUCUUGCAUUUUGAUUUCAGCUGCUAUUUCAUUUACACACUGUAGAACAUUUCACACACAGUCGCCCGGUGCUUUAUGUAAGACUUUGAAGAAACGUCCAUUUUAUGUUUAAAAUGGCAGAGGAAAGCAAAUCACGGAAAGUAGUACUGAACAGUCUCAAACUUUAGUGUGUUUGCUUCUGGUCUGAUGAGCUAAUUUGGCUUCACUGUGGCUGUUAUUUUUUUCUCCGGUCUCAAUUUUCCAACAGCUUGACCACCUGUGAAGUGCAAAAUUCAUACUGAAAUGUUGCACUCUAUUAUUGCAUAACUAUAAGCUUGUGGAUUUAAAAAAAAAUGUUGUUUGGAAUUGAAAUGUCAAAAGAUAAACUGGUAUUUUCACCUUGUAUCUUUUUUCUUUUUUGUGCAUUUAAUGUUUGAUCAGUCAGAGAUUAAGUCUUUUUUUUUAUAGUGUAACAUUGAACAAAAUGUCAAAGAAUUUGUAUUUAUAUUCUCAGCUAUUUGUAUACAUUGUAUUCAAAAUGGUUAUUACAAAUGGGCAAUAUUGUUUUCUAAUUUUUUUUUUAUUCUUUUAAAGUUACUUCCAUGUUACAUUAGGGGAAAACUGUUUUGUCAGAGUAGAGCACUGCCUUACACUAAAAUAAACAUGACAAGACACAACA